UUUGGAGAGAGAGAGAAUAGAAGAAGAAAAGAGAAAGAGAGAGAAAGAAAGAAUGAAGGGAGAAAAUUCAAUCCGAUCGAAUACAAUCUUGACGUCCGCAAUGACUCCCCCAUUCUCUCUCUACACUUUCUCUCUCUAAAAAAAAAAACCCCACACAGGCAAACAAAAAACAAGCAGCAAGCAACAACAUCAAAACAAGAGCUACAUCAAAACAGCACCAACAGGGUUUUCCCCUUUUUUUUCUUUUUUUUCUUCUUUUUAGUAAAAAAAGAAAGAAAAACACAGAGAGAAGAAAGCCCCCAUCUUAUGAUGCAGCUUCUGUUGCUCACACCUUGAUAACAAAAAAAGAAGAAGAUAAAGAAACCCUAGAAGCCUUUAGCUUAACAGAUGUUGCAGAGCGAAUUCGGAACCCCGACUUCAAAGUUCGAAACUUUUUGCUCGUUGAUCAGUUCCCAGUUGCUGUUUCGUCCUUGAUUUUUUGGCUUUUUGGCUCUUCAAUUAAUUUUUUCAACUCACGAGAUUCAUGCGAAAGCCGUUUGAAGAUUGCUCAUUUAAGGGAGGUAGCGCAAUUGUAAUGUUCAGAAUCAAAGAUUGUUUCUUGGUUUUGGUUUUCUUUGGUGUGUUUGGUAAAACUGAAUACCACAUGCUUCUGUUGGAUCACGGUGAAGACUCUAAAGCUUUUGGCCUUGGACUUUGGGUUGAAAUAUUAUCUGGGUUCAGGGUUAUACCCAGUUUCUCACAAGCUGUUGUGUAAUUAAUAGUUUGUUAAGAAAAACUCAUGUUUCAUAUGACUUAGUUGUUCUGCUUAGGUGAUUGCUUUUGAAGACCAUCAUAGCGAACGAUGGGACCUCCAGGACCACCCACUCAAAUUGGUAGUGCUCAGUCUGUGACGCCUUCUCUUUUGAGAUCGAAUUCUGGAAUGUUAGGGGCUCAAGGGGGCCCCAUGCCUUCGCAGACUUCUUUCCCUUCUCUUGUGUCGCCACGCACUCAGUUCAACAACAUGAACAUUCUAGGAAACAUGUCUAAUGUAACUUCCAUGCUGAAUCAAUCUUUCCCCAACGGAGUUCCAAAUCCUGGGAUCUCGGGUCCUGGAAGUAGCCAGCGAGGAGUUGUUGAUACUGGAGCCGAAACAGAUCCGCUGUCAAGUGUUGGCAAUGGAAUGAGCUUCAGUAAUUCCGCAUCCUCGUUCGUACAGUCAAAUAUGGUGAAUGCUGGUUCUUCUGUUCAAGGUCAAGGUCAACAAUUUUCAAAUCCAUCUAAUAACCAGCUGUUGCCAGAUCAGCAGCAUUCACAACAGAUGGAACCUCAGAAUUUCCAACAUGGUCAGCAGCCAAUGCAGCAGUUCUCUGCUCCUCUGAAUACGCAGCAGCAACAGCAGCAGCAGCAUUUUCAAUCAAUGAGAGGAGGGGUAGGUGGUAUGGGACCGGUAAAGUUGGAGCCGCAGGUAAGCAAUGACCAACUUGGUCAGCAGCAACAGCAGCAAAUACAAUCGUUGAGGAAUCUUGCUCCAGUGAAAUUGGAACCACAGCAAAUUCAAUCAACUCGAACACUAGCCCAAGUGAAAAUGGAGCCCCAGCAUUCUGAUCAACCAUUAUUUUUGCAUCACCAGCAACAACAGCAGCAGCAACAACAACAGCAACAACAACUACAACAGCAGCAGCUCCUCCACAUGUCAAGACAAUCCUCUCAGGCUGCUGCUGCUCAGAUGAAUCUUCUGCACCAGCAGAGGCUUUUGCAAUUUCAACACCAGCAGCAGCAACAACUCUUGAAAGCAAUGCCUCAACAACGGCCUCAACUGCCACAGCAGUUUCAACAGCAGAAUAUGCCCAUAAGGUCUCCUGUGAAACCAGGAUAUGAACCCGGAAUGUGUGCUAGGCGGCUUACACAUUACAUGUAUCAGCAACAGCAUAGACCUGAAGAUAACAAUAUUGAGUUCUGGAGGAAGUUUGUUGCUGAGUAUUUUGCUCCUAAUGCCAAGAAGAAGUGGUGUCUUUCUAUGUAUGGAAGUGGCAGACAAACGACUGGAGUUUUCCCUCAGGAUGUCUGGCACUGUGAAAUAUGUAAUCGCAAACCUGGUCGUGGGUUCGAAGCAACUGUUGAGGUUCUUCCUAGGCUUUUCAAAAUAAAGUAUGAAAGUGGCACUUUGGAAGAGCUGCUUUAUGUUGACAUGCCCCGUGAAUAUCAUAAUUCAUCUGGGCAGAUUGUUCUAGAUUAUGCAAAAGCAAUACAGGAAAGUGUUUUUGAGCAACUUCGUGUUGUUCGUGAUGGUCAACUUCGAAUAGUUUUCUCCCCAGACCUGAAGAUAUGCUCUUGGGAAUUUUGUGCUAGGCGCCAUGAAGAACUCAUUCCUAGAAGAUUGUUAAUACCUCAGGUUAGUCAGCUUGGAGCGGUUGCUCAAAAGUACCAGGCCUUUACACAAAAUGCUACACCAAAUGUGUCAGCUCCAGAGUUGCAAAAUAACUGCAAUAUGUUUGUUGCAUCCGCCCGUCAAUUGGCUAAAGCUUUGGAAGUUCCAUUAGUAAAUGAUUUAGGAUAUACAAAGAGAUAUGUGCGCUGCCUACAGAUAUCAGAAGUGGUAAAUAGUAUGAAGGACUUGAUAGAUUACAGCAGAGAAACAGGGACUGGACCCAUGGAGAGCUUAGCCAAAUUCCCUCGGAGAACAAGUGGAUCAUCUGGAAUUCAUAAUCAAGGACAACAACAUGAAGAUAGAUUACAGCAGCAACCGGAACAGCAACAGCAAAUGGUGGCCCAUAACUCAAAUGGUGAUCAAAACUCAGUGCAAGCUGGUGCCAUGCAAAUCGCUUCCAGCAAUGGUAUGGUCAGUGUAAAUAACACUGCCAACUCUGCAUCUGCAUCGACCACCACAAGCACCAUUGUUGGACUUCUCCACCAGAACUCAAUGAAUUCUAGACAACAAAGUUCAAUGAACAAUUCUGGCAGUCCCUAUGGAAGCAGUUCUGUUCAGAUUCCAUCCCCAGGUUCCUCGAGCACUGUUCCACCGGCCCAGCCUAACUCAUCGCCUUUCCAAUCACCUACACCAUCUUCCUCCAAUAUUCCCCCACAAACAUCUCACCCCACCACCUUAACGUCUGCCAAUCACAUAGGCGCAACAAACUCAUCGGGUAACAUGUCCUUGCAACAUCAGCAAUCACCUCUCUCUGGUGAGGCAGACCCGAGUGAUGCUCAGAGCUCCGUACAGAAAAUAAUACAUGAGAUGAUGAUGUCCUCCCAGAUGAAUGGCACAGGUGGAAUGGUAGGUGUUGGUUCUCUUGGGAAUGACGUGAAGAACGUAAAUGGUAUUCUGCCGGUGAAUACCAAUACGGGGCUCAAUGGUGGCAAUGGCAUGGUAAGCAAUGGUGCGAUGAACAGUAAUUCCGGCGUUGGGAUUGGUAGUUACGGCACAAUGGGUAUCGGUCAAUCCGGUAUGCCUAAUGGAAUGAGAGCUGCUAUGGGAAAUAAUUCUGUCAUGAAUGGAAGAGGAGGAAUGGCCUCAAUCGCGAGGGAUCAAGCCAUGAACCAUCAGCAGGAUUUGUCAAAUCAACUACUUAGCGGUCUAGGAGCAGUAAAUAGUUUUAAUAAUCUUCAAUUUGAUUGGAAACCAUCUCCAUAAAAGAGCCUCUUUGUGGAUGGUGAGUGGGAUGUUGUGGUUCUUUCUUCGAAGCUGCUUCCCAGUGCAAGCAAUGGUAGAUUGCCUUCGGCCGUCGAACGAUAAUACAGCAGAAUUGCUAUUGGGGUAGUGAUAGCCUGAUAGGGCUUAGGCCACUCUGCCAGUAUAUGAUUUUAUAAUAUAAGAAAUGGAAAUAUUUGUUGGCUGGUUGUGUGGCUGAUGGGGCUGGUUUUUUCCUGUGAAUUCAAGUGUAACCUUUUUUUUUCUUUUUAUAUUUUAAAUUUUUGUCUUGAUGGCUUUUUCCCCAGACUCAUCUUUGAUUCACGCCCUAGCACGAGGAAGGUCACAAAAUUUUGGGCUACAAAAUGCAUCUGGUUGUUGGGAGAACAGAGUUCCUCUGCAGAAGAUGAUGAUUAAGGAAGUUUAACAUCUACAAUAUUGAAUUAAUGAUUUAUCCAA